AUGUUUAGGAACAUGAAGGAGGGAAGAGGUUAUGCAAAAGGGUAUUAUUAUGUUAAUUUGUUGCUACUAUUGAGUUUACUCUUUUGUAGCAUAGAAGGGUUGAAUUUAGAGGGACAAAUUCUCUUGGAGAUCAAGAAUGGACUUGAUGAUAAGUAUAAUGUUUUGGGAAAUUGGAAAUCUAGUGAUGAAACUCCAUGUGGAUGGGUAGGUGUAAAUUGCAUUUAUGAAAAUAUCAGUGGUAGUGGUAGUGAUCCAGUGGUUGUUUCUCUUAAUUUGAGUUCUAUGGAUCUUUCUGGAACUCUAAAUGGUAGCAUUGGGGGUCUUAACAAGUUAACUUAUCUCGAUCUUGCUUAUAAUGGUUUGAAUGGGAAUAUGCCGAAGGAGAUUGGUGAGUUGUUGAGUUUGGAAUAUCUUUACUUGAACAAUAAUCAAUUUGAGGGACCGAUUCCGGUUGAAUUAGGUAAGUUGUCUGUUUUGAGAGAUUUGAAUAUUUGCAACAAUAAACUCUCCGGUGUUAUUCCGGUUGAGUUUGGAAAAUUGUCUUCAUUGGUUGAGUUAGUUGCCUAUAGCAACUUUCUCAUUGGCCCGUUGCCUAAUUCUCUUGGAAAUCUUGAGAAUCUCGAGACUUUCAGAGCUGGGGCGAAUAACAUUACGGGUAGCUUGCCGGUAGAAAUUGGCAGAUGUAGGAGGUUGGUGCGUCUAGGUCUUGCUCAAAAUCAAAUCGAAGGGGAGAUACCGAAGGAGAUUGGGAUGCUUGAAAACUUAAAAGAAUUGGUUUUAUGGGAAAACAAGCUAUCAGGAGUUCUUCCUAAAGAGCUUGGGAAUUGUAGCAGGCUUGAGACCCUUGCCUUAUACGGAAAUAUUCUUGUUGGACCGUUACCUAAUGAGAUUGGGAACCUGAAAUCGUUGAAGUGGUUGUAUCUUUACAGAAAUAAGUUGAACGGAUCAAUUCCAAGGGAAAUUGGAAAUCUUUCAUCAGCUUUACACAUUGAUUUCUCAGAGAAUUCAUUGGUAGGCGAUAUCCCUUCGGAGUUCAGCAAAAUCCGUGGUCUAAGUUUGCUCUUUCUCUUUGAGAAUCAUCUUACUGGUGUGAUACCAAAUGAGUUUGGUAGCUUGAAGAACCUGACAAAGCUGGACCUGUCGAUAAAUAAUCUUACUGGUCCGAUUCCGCCCGGUUUUCAAUAUUUGACUCAUAUGUAUCAGCUGCAACUUUUCGACAACAACCUAAGUGGUGCUAUUCCUCAGGGACUUGGACUUUAUAGUCGUCUUUGGGUGGUUGAUUUUUCCGACAACAACUUGACGGGAAAUAUACCUCCUUAUCUAUGCCGACACUCUCAUUUGAUGCUGUUGAAUCUUGCCGAUAAUCAGCUUUAUGGAAACAUACCAACAGGUAUAUUGAACUGUGAAUCAUUGGCACAGUUGCUUUUGGUCGGUAACAGGCUAACUGGUGGUUUCCCUUCGGAAUUGUGUAAACUUGAGAACCUUACCGCCAUUGAUUUGAAUGAUAACAGGUUUACCGGUCCGCUUCCUCGUGAGAUUGCAAACUGCCACAAUUUGCAAAGGCUUCAUAUUGCAAACAAUUACUUCACAUUGGAGUUGCCUAAGGAAAUAGGAAAUCUCUCUCAAUUGGUGACUUUUAAUGUUUCAUCUAAUCUUUUCACCGGAAGAAUCCCUCCUGAAAUUUUUUGGUGCCAGAGGCUGCAGCGGCUUGAUCUCAGUCAGAACCGUUUUACUGAUUCGUUGCCGAAUGAAAUUGGAACACUUCAGCACUUGGAGAUUCUCAAGCUCUCGGACAAUAAAUUGUCUGGAAAUAUUCCUGCAGCAUUAGGCAAUCUGUCUCAUUUGAACUGGCUGCUUAUGGACGGUAAUUUGUUUUUCGGUGAAAUACCUCCUCAGUUGGGUUCUCUUUCGAGCUUACAGAUAGCAAUGGAUCUCAGUUACAAUAAUCUUUCUGGAAGAAUACCGUCUCGCCUUGGCAGUCUCAAUAUGCUUGAAUAUCUCUUUCUCAAUAACAACCAAUUGGAUGGCGAAAUUCCGAGUACUUUUAGCGCACUUUCUAGCUUGAUGGGAUGUAAUUUCUCAUACAAUAACCUCUCUGGACCUAUCCCUUCGACUAAAAUUUUCGAAAGUAUGGCUCUAAGCAGCUUUGUUGGUGGUAACAUAGGCCUUUGCGGUACACCUCUCGUUGACUGCAAUAGUAUUACAGGUUCUCGCUCUAUUCCCUCGGCGAAAGACGGUGAUUCUUCGCGUGCUAAAAUUGUCAUGAUCAUUGCAGCUACCGUUGGCGGUGUUUCUCUCAUUUUGAUUAUAGUUAUUUUAUAUUUAAUGAGACGACCUCGGGAGCCUGUUGAUUCCUUUGAAGACCCUGAAACUCUCUCGCCAGAUUCGGAUAUCUAUUUCCCUCCCAAAGACGGUUUCACAUUUCAAGACCUACUUGAAGCAACAAAAAGAUUUCAUGAAAGUUAUGUCAUUGGUAGUGGAGCAUGCGGAACAGUUUAUAAGGCAGUGAUGAAAUCCGGUAAGACAAUUGCUGUUAAGAAGCUAGCGUCGAAUCGGGAAGGGAACAACGUCGAUAACAGUUUCAGAGCUGAAAUAUCAACACUAGGAAGGAUAAGGCAUCGGAAUAUAGUGAAACUGUACGGUUUUUGUUAUCAUCAAGGUUCCAAUCUCUUACUUUAUGAAUACAUGGAAAGAGGUAGCUUAGGUGAAGUAUUGCACGGUUCUGCAAGUAAUUUGGAGUGGCCGACUCGAUUCAUGAUUGCUCUUGGAGCUGCUGAAGGCCUUGCUUACUUGCAUCAUGACUGUAAACCGAAGAUUAUUCACCGGGAUAUAAAAUCUAACAACAUCCUUCUAGAUGAAAAUUUUGAGGCACAUGUUGGUGAUUUCGGCUUGGCGAAAGUGAUUGACAUGCCUCAGUCAAAGUCAAUGUCCGCUGUCGCUGGAUCUUACGGAUACAUCGCUCCUGAAUAUGCAUAUACCAUGAAGGUUACAGAGAAGUGUGACAUAUACAGUUACGGCGUUGUGCUGUUGGAAUUGCUAACUGGAAAAUCUCCGGUUCAACCGAUGGAGCAAGGAGGCGAUCUUGUUACAUGGACGAGAAACCAUAUUCGGAACCAUGACAAUACAUUGAGCUCAGAGAUACUCGAUACUCGUCUUGAUCUUGAAGACCAAGUCACUAUAAACCACAUGCUCACUGUUUUGAAACUUGCUUUAAUGUGCACAAGUAUGUCUCCGUCUAAGCGUCCAUCAAUGCGCGAAGUUGUGUUGAUGCUCAUCGAGUCGAAUGAGCGAGAAGGAUACUUAACACUUACUCGAACAAACCAUGACCCUCCUUCUAAAGAUAACACAUGA